AUGGACGAUUCAAGAAUCGCUCCCUUUUUGAAGUACUCACUAGCUGAUGCAGCACCUGAUACUCCAAAUCUCACGCUCUCGCUAGAGCUUCAAGGCCUCGGCGACUCUAAGAUCGCCAAACGAAAAUCAAACAGUGGGGUUGUCUUUCGCUUCCACCGAGGGACUGAUGGCCACAACGAGCCUUGCUCGUUUUACUGGUCAGACACAGUAGAUGCCUGGGGAUCUGGAGGCUUGGUCCUCCUUCGACACGACGCCGAAGACCGACUGGAAAGGGUCAGCCUCCAGGCUGAGCCGUGGCGUGUGCAUGAUCCGACAGAGCCCCGGGUCGCUCAAGGAGCCCAAUCCCUGUUUGAGCUGAAGCCCGGCGAGAGUACCUGGUUUUUCGCGGGCAUCCCAGAAAAUUGGCUCGAGGCUAUGGUUUCGGGUGAGAAGUACGAAUUGUUAUGGCCUGGCGGUGAAAUCUACUGGUGGGCGUGGGGGGGGAUUGAAGAGAAUGAGGGCAGAUCGCACAAUGCUAUACCUCGCGCAGUCCUUUCGGGAACACCUCGUGUGCUGUUCACCGUGGUCGAAGAACCACCGGCUCCCUUCUACGAGACACCUCUACCAAAGUGGACUCAAGACCCGACCCCAGGGACGCCGCUUCUGACUGUGACCCUGGCUGGCGCUAGCAGUAAGGAUCUCUCGGAUACGAGCUUUCAGCUGGUACAGACAGUCACGUAUCGAGGUCUGGUCUCAAAGGACCCUAAUGGCGAUCCAGAGCGGGGCACGAAACCCAUUACUUUCGAUGCCUUCAAUCUUAUGAUCCCAUUUGAAUGGGCAUUUCGGUCCAGUGAGAAUGACACAUGGGAGUAUUGUCCCGAUCAAAGAAUUGGAUGUGCCAUGACUGACUUGAUGUACGAUUGCGAGACUACUGUGAAUGUCGGCAAGGAUCGUAGAUGGAUUAGCCUUUUUCCAGGGGAGUCCUGGAUCCAGGACCUGGAGAUUGAUGAGCGACUUCCCUCUGAUCUGGUUCCAGGUGACAAAGUUCGUUACCAGCUGGAUGGCCGGGUCAUUGAGAUGUGGAACUGGGGCAGUAAGGAGGAUCAUGCGGAGACGGUGUUGAUGCUACCAAGUGAUCGUGAAGCAGGCGACUGGAUGGAUCGGCCCCCCAUAGUCGUACCGGCCUCAAAUCCGUUAGAGUUUACAAUAACUCCUUAG